AUGGACCUCCACUGUUGUUCUUCUUCGCAGCUCCUCCCCUUUCUCCUCCUGCUUCUUCCCGUACUGUACAUCUCCUACCACGUUGCAAGAAACCUGGGCAAGAAGAAGCCCGCCACCCAUGGCGUGAAAGCCCACCCGCUGGUCGGCUACCUCCCGGCGUUCCUCAAGAACCGCGACCGCUUCCUCGACUGGUCUACCGAGCUCAUCGUCGGCAGCCCGGAGCUGAGGAUGGGGUUUUGGAUCCCCGGGAUGAACACCGGCAUCAUCACCGGCAACCCCGCCGACGUGGAGCACAUCCUCCGCGCCAACUUCGCCAACUACCCCAAAGGCGAGCGCUCCAUCUCCAUGCUGGUGGACUUCCUCGGCCAUGGCCUCUUCAACUCCGACGGCGAGCAGUGGCUGUGGCAGCGCAAGAAUGCCAGCACGGAGUUCAGCACGCGGUCGCUCCGCGGCUUCGUGGUCGACGCGGUGCAGUCCGAGGUGAGGGACAGGCUGCUCCCGCUGCUUCGACGCGCGGCGGGCAGCGGCGUGGUGCUGGACAUGGAGGACGUGCUGGAGCGGUUCGCGUUCGACACCAUCUGCAUGGUUUCGUUCGGUCAUGACCCAUGCUGCCUCGCCGACGGUGGGGCCUUGGCGGAGGGUAAGUCGGACUUCAUGCGCGCGUUCGGGGAGGCGCAGGAGCUCGCUGUUGGCAGGUUCCUGGACCCCGUUGGGGCCUCCUGGAAGAUCAAGAAGUGGCUCAACAUCGGCACGGAGCGCCGGCUGAAGAAGGCCAUCGCGGGCGUCCACGGGUUCGCCAUGGAGAUCGUGCGCGCGCGCCGCUCCCAGGCAAUGUCAUCUGCGAAGGAAAACAGAAACAGAGACGACGUGCUGUCGAGGUUCGUGGCGAGCGAGGAGCACGGCGACGACGAGACGCUGCGGGACAUGGUGCUGAGCUUCCUGAUCGCCGGGCGCGAGACGACGUCGUCGGCGCUGACUUGGUUCUUCUGGCUCGUGUCCUCCCGGCCGGACGUGGUGGCGCGCAUCGCCGAGGAGGUCCGCUCGGUCCGGGCGUCGGUGGGCACCGCCCCGGGGGAGCCGUUCGGGUUCGACGCGCUCCGGGAGAUGCACUACCUGCACGCGGCGCUGACGGAGUCGAUGCGGCUGUACCCGCCGGUGCCGAUCGACUCGCAGUCGUGCGCGGCGGACGACACGCUCCCGGACGGCACGCACGUCGGGGCGGGGUGGUCCGUGACGUACAGCGCCUACGCCAUGGGCCGGCUGGAGGCGAUAUGGGGCGAGGACUGCGCGGAGUUCAGGCCGGAGCGGUGGCUGGGCGACGACGGCGCGUUCCGGCCGGAGAGCCCGUUCCGGUACACGGUGUUCCACGCCGGGCCAAGGACCUGCCUCGGGAAGGAGAUGGCGUACGUGCAGAUGAAGUCGAUCGUUGCCAGCGUGCUUGAAGAAUUCGCUGUCGACGUCGUCCGGAAGAACCCUGCCGGCGGCGUUCCGGAGCACGUGCUCUCCGUGACGCUGAAGAUGAAGGGUGGUUUGUCUGUGCAAAUAAGGAGAAGGAUGGAAGCGUAG